AUGCACCUCAGGAUUUCGAGUCUUCCCGAAACACUUCCCCCGAUAAACUGGGAUAACUAUAUGCGCACGGUACCAGUUCCCGGUCUAGUGGAAAAGUUUCAGAAGGAAUAUGAGGCAAUGCGAGUUGAAUAUCCGAAGGACACUGAGAAUGUUAAGGGAAAAGUUCAAGCUCACGGGCAACAAAUGUUGGAAUUGGCCAAGCGUCACGCGGUAUCGUGUGAGAAAAUGAAAGCCAGUGCCCUCAAGAUGAAAUCCGCGGUUGAUAAGUUGCCGAAGCUUGAGGAACUGACCCCAGAAGUUACUCUGGUCUACUUCCCCUUGACAAACUUGGAUCCGUUCAGGACGGGCGAAACAAAAGAAGGAGAAGACAAAACAGUGCUUCAGAAACCUGUCCCCAAAAUGCACUGGGAUUUUAAUUAG